AUGUCAUCAACAACUGUAGAAAAUUCAAGCGUUAUGAAAGACAAUAAACAUUAUAAUCUUAAUAGUAAAUCACAGUUGGCUGCUAUACAACAAUCAUUUGUUUAUAUUGAAAAAGCGGUAGAACAACACAAUGUUAGUUUGAAUCCUAUAGAUAUAUUCUUUAUUGUCGAUUAUGGUUGUUCACAAGGAGCAAAUUCAGUGGUUGCUAUUCAAACAAUUAUCCAAGCUAUACAACGGAAAUAUGGAACAAUAACAUCAGAUAAAAUCUGUACUGUUUUGAAUGAUUUACCGUCAAACGACUGGUUAACAUUAUUUCAAACCUUUGCAAGAUUGUCUUUUAGUUGUUUGGCAUCAGGAAAAUCAUUUUAUGAACAGAUUCUACCAUCAAAUACAGUUCAAUUUGGCUAUACAUCAACAGCAAUACAUUGGCUUUCAAAGAAACCUUGUAAUCUUAGUCGACAUUGUUUUGCUUUUGCUGGACAAUCAACAGAUGAAGAAAAAACAAUGUGGGGAAAACAAGCAGCUGAAGACUAUAAAUUAUUUUUACAACAUCGAUCAAAUGAAUUGAAGAAAGGUCAGCUGAAAAAUGAAACAUGGAAAUUUUGA